AUGGGGAGGGUCUACGUAUCAUGGGACCGAUGGGAUGGGCACAAAUUGGAUAUGGAACGGGCGAGGCAAGAGAAGAUUUCGACAAAUUAUCGUGUUGUCCUAAAUCCACAAUUACCCGUCCCGAACAGAAAUAUCCCGAUUCCUGUCAUAAAUAUAAUACAAGCGAAUAAACAGGGCGCAAAUGCCCCAAUUAUACGCUCAACUCCAAGUGCUCUGUCUCCAUUGAGUCUUAGUAUAGGCCAGUACUCUUUGCCGUGCAGUCCGAAUUACAGUCCCGUUGGCAGUCCCAUGAAAGUUCAGUCCACUCCUCAGUCGUUAUCUCCUGCUAGUAGCUACACCUUCAGUCCCGGUAGACUGGUGUCCCCGACUGGUGCACUACAAGGCUACGACCCGUACCUAUCAAAUAAAAUGCAAGUCAGCCCUGGAUUUUCCAUGCAAAACGAAAUGCUUCUUGAUCCGAACGUAUCCCUCGCAUCGAAUGACUUUUGGCCUGACACGGACGUAAUUCAGAAUACUAGCGAUCUUCUGACUGCGUUUGAUGAUGUAAAAUUAGUUUAA